AUGGCAUCAUCUUCCUCUCCAUUUUCCAAUAAUGGAAAAUUACAAGUUUUACCUACACCAACAACAUUAGUAUUUACACAACCAGUUAACAAUAAUAUAACUGUAAAUAAUAUUGCAAUGACGCCACAAAACAUUCGUCAUGCAGGCACACCAAACGGAACGUAUAUUCAUCAACAGUCGAUGCCUACUGGAACUAUAUCAACGUCGACAGGUAUUGUCCGUUUUAAUCAAGCGAAUCAGUUUACACCACAAAAUGUUUGGACCAAUAAUGCAACGCAAUUAUCACCUAAAGUUCAAUAUUCACCAACGAUCAAGGCUGAACCAUCGACGCCCGGUAUUUCCCAACAAACAUCAAUUUUACCCACGAAAUUAGUUGCACAACCAAUUGUUCGCCAAACAGUCGCAGCACCACAAACACCAAAGUUUACCGAAGCACAAAUCAAUGAUUUUGUUGGUAAAUGUCGAACGUUUCUAACAACCUUACUUAAACUUGCCGAAAAACAAGCACCAGAAAAAUUACCUAUGGUACGAUCUUGCAUACAAGAUCUUCUCGACGGUGCCAUUGAUCCUGAAUCAUUUACUCAACGAUUACAUACACUCUACAAAUCCCAACCACACACAUCACUUGUACCUUUUUUUAAAUUAGCAUUACCUUAUAUGCGUCAAAUGGUUAAGAAUACGUUCGGGCAACCGAUAACAAUUGAAUUAUUGGAAAGACUAAAUCUUCCCUCGAGUAAAAGUAACACUUCUACGAUGAUGACCACAACAGCAGCAACAACACCAACGUCUCGUGUUGUCGUUAAUCCAUCUCUACUAACUCAACAAUCGAAUUCAGGUAUGCAACAACCGCUAUUAUAUACGACAGUUCAACCUCAACAAAAGAUCAAUCUACUACAACAACCAACGCCCCAAACCAUCAUCGGUACUACAGCCUCGCUACUUGGUCAGCAACAACAACAGCAGCAGCAAGCUCGCACACAAAUAAGCAUCACAGGUAUUCGACCACUCGUAGCAACAGUUUCUCCAUCAUCAAAUACAAAUCUUCUCACUGGUCAACAACAAAUCCAACCUAUAACUCAAACAAUUAUUCAACAACCUGAUUCGCUCUUACACAGAACAUUUCUUUCACCAGCAACAACAACAGUUCAGCAACCACAGAUUAUCACAGUUAACCAUCAAUCGAUUAAAACUGAAAUUGGUACAGGUUCUAAAACCUUACUAACUAACAUUCCCUCGCUUCAGCAACAAUCGCAACUUCACUCGCAAUCGAGAACGACAACGAAGACUGAAGAUGAUUCAUCCGAUGAUAUUAUGGGAAAUACUAGUUUAUUAACAACAGUAUUGGCUACUACCGAUGAUCGUCAUACUCGUCAUAUCACACAUGAUGAUCGAUUUCUUUCUGCACUUGCUCUUCGUCGACGGUUAGAUCACUUAAUAAAAGAAAAACGAUGGGAAGGUGGUAACAUGGUAUUCCAAGAUGAUGCUGUUCUUGCACUAAUCUCCCAUGCUGCAGAAGAAAGAAUGAAAUGUCUAGUUGAACGACUUCGAUUGAUUUCUCAACAACGAUCAAGUCUUUCCGUACAGAUAGAGCAUGACGAAGAUGAAACAAUGCUCAUUCCUGGCCAAGGUAAUAAACGUAAAUUAGAAGAGAAUAUGAAUCAACACGCACACAUUUCGUCGACACAAUCAAAACUGAUCAAUACGAUUAAAAAAGCCAGACUCGCUCGAGUCAAAUGUCGAUCGCAUCUUCAAGAUUUAAUCGUGCUUAUGCAAGACGAUAAGCAAUUGAAACGAUCGUCGCUCCUCUACAUAGCUCUUGAUAAAGUUUCUUAG